AUGGCUUUUAGCUCCAGGAGACCGCCUCCCUUCCAAGACGGCAAUGGAUCCAUACCGGUCGCCACUGCCCCUCACCGCAGACCGAGAGCCAACCCGCCAAAUGCACCAUUUCUGAGGGAUCACUUCGCCGCCGCGGCCCCCCAUGCCCAUGGCCGGCAGAUCCAGAGCGACUCGAGCUCCGAGGAUGAAGUCCCUGUUCCCAGGCCUGCGGAUGUGCGGUCGCGACCUCAGCAUUCUCGCUCAAUGAGCCACCCGUUUCCCUCCUUGUUCGCCUCCAAGAAACCGAGAAAACAACCUUCUCCAGACGGCCUGACUGAUGACGAUACCCUGCGCACCGGCCCGGCCAUUUCGCGCCCCGGAAUGGCUUCGACAAAACCGCCCCGCGGACCGACCGAUUUCUCCAACGGGACAUGCAUGACUUGUGGCGGCAAGGUCAGGUGGCCGAAAGAGCUGGACGUCUUCAGAUGUAAAAUAUGCAUGACCAUCAACGACCUCAAGCCAUAUGCUCCCAAGUCCGAGGAUGCGCGGCCUCCUGGAAGCACAAGGCCUCUGUCCCUGGAGCGCACCCGCACUUUGCUCCAACAAUGUUUACUCCAAGCCCUGAAGUCGUUCUCGGCAGACGGCAGCAUGGCCCCUCCUGGCUGGCCAAGCCGCUCAUCUUCCAGGCCGUCGGACGGCCAUCUUCCCAAGUUCGACUCUCCAGCUGGCCAUAGCAGAUCUGGAUCCCAUAGCGGCACCGGUCCAGCUUUCAAACACAACCCAGUAUUUGACGAUUUUGCCAGCGGGUACUUGGAGCCAAACCCCGUUAAUCGUGUUGGUUCGGGCACCAGGUCAUACUCGACGUCUUUCCCAGAUGCCAGGAGCUCUACGAUUCCGGCAACUGCUCAUCUCAAAGGAGAAGAGAGCUUGGACCCAUGCAAGAUAUUCAAACCGGUGGAGGACUAUCUGGUUGCCAGCUUUGGCUUCCGCGAAAACAUCAAUGCCGCAUUCGUUCCCCGUCGACACAGCUUCAGCUCGCGGCCUCAGAUGCAGAUAAAGAGGAAACCAGUCCCUUUGCCGCGCCAGGAGAAAGUUGUGGCUCAAGAGAAGCCUCUAUCAUCAGACGAUUCGUUGACCACGGAGCUGGACGCCAAAUUACUUCUAGUUGGAGACUUUGCCGAGAAUGCCCAAUGGUGGACCGGCGGGCAGCGGGAUGGUGUGGCACAGAGGUCGCGGUCCCAGCAGAAGGGAGAUACCCAUGGCUUAGUCACCCCUCGCUCGGCACGAAUUGACUGGGGAGAGCUCUUGGAGUGGUAUCAGUUAAUCAUCGACGCGGCUCGGCCCUGGCUUGACCUGUACAACCGAGGCAUUGAGAAAACGCAGACCAGGACCCUCUCCCAACUAGAGAAACAGCGCUUUGAAGCCGUAUUGAUCGAAGCCCAAGGCCAUCUCCAGAGGGUACUGCUGAAAUGCACCGAAACGCUCCUUAAGCGACCUGGCCAACUGCUUCAGGAGCCCCAGGAUAUCCGCUUCUUACUUCUCAUCAUCGUCAACCCCCUGUUGACUUCGGGACACAAGAGCUAUGCCGGUGAAUUCCAGCACUUGAGCAAAGACAAAGGCAUGACCAAGAAUACAAAUGCCACCGGCGAAGAAGGUUCUGCUAUGGGACGACACUCGGGUAUAAUAAAGAGAAUUUUGGGUCUCAUUUCAAAUACCUCGGAUCAAUGUCACCAUCAUCUUGUCACAUGGCUCUCCAAGUUGCCCGAGCACCUCUUCUUCCAGACCAAGGACCUCAUCAGCAGCUUCGUAAACUAUCGGCUGCAGCGGCAGAGCGAAAAGAAGAUCGAGGCCCGUGUUGACCUCACGGCAGGGCUCAUCCCCGAGAUGCCUAACAGUCGGACUGGGAACACGCCAGCAUCCCUACAUGCGGCUUUAUCAGCAUCGAAUGGCUCCAAGAAGGCGAGACAGUCGUCGGAAGCCCCUCGUCUCAUAUAUGGUGACGACUGGCAGUUAAAGGCUGGUGCUAAAGUCAUGGCUCUAGUGUUUGCUGCAAACAAUCUAACUCACGUCCGUCGGAACGAGGUGAGCGUUAGGCACGCUCACGGUCAUUUACUGGCAACAAGCGACUUUUACAACUCUAUGCUCGAUUGCUUGGACUUCAAGACUGAUUUCGAGAUGUGGGAAUCCAGGAAGGGGAAGUUUGCGUUCUGUCAAUAUCCCUUUUUCCUGAGCAUAUGGGCGAAGAUCCAGAUUUUGGAGUUCGACGCCAAGCGGCAGAUGCACGGCAAAGCGCGGGAGGCCUUUUUCGACAGCAUCUUGAGCAACAGAAGCUACACGCAAUACCUGUUCCUAAGUGUGCGUCGUGAUUGUUUAGUCGAGGACAGCCUGGCGAAAGUAAGCGAGGUCGUUGGUAGUGGCAGCGAAGAUAUCAAGAAAGGACUGCGCAUAGAAUUUCAAGGCGAAGAGGGCGUCGAUGCUGGCGGUCUUCGAAAAGAGUGGUUUCAGUUACUGGUCAAGGAAGUAUUCAAUCCUGACCAUGGGCUGUUCGUAUUUGACGAAGACUCUCAGUAUUGCUACUUCAACCCCCAUACUUUCGAGACAACAGAUCAGUACUUCCUGGUCGGGGUUGUUUUGGGGCUUGCGAUAUACAACUCGACGAUAUUGGAUAUUGCCUUCCCUCCAUUCGCAUUCCGAAAACUCCUUGCUUCUGCGCCAUCGUCUGCCACGAGCUCGACGGCUCACCAACGUCCCGUCAUGACAUACACCCUGGAUGAUCUGGCCGAAUACCGGCCACGCCUAGCGAACGGACUCCGCAAACUCCUCGACUUUGACGGGGAUGUCGAAAAUACCUUCUGUCUAGAUUUUGUUGUCGAAGUUGAGAAGUACGGGGCAAGAACACAGGUCCCUUUGUGCAGGGGAGGCGACAGGAAACCAGUGACAAAUGCAAACAGGCGGGAAUAUGUGGAUCUAUACGUCAAGUAUCUCCUUGAUGAAUCCGUUAAGCGGCAGUUUGAGCCUUUCAAACGGGGGUUCUUCACUGUCUGUGCUGGCAACGCUUUGUCUCUCUUCAGGCCCGAGGAGAUCGAAUUGUUGGUGCGCGGGUCGGAUGAGCCGCUCGAUAUCACGUCCCUACGAGCCGUGGCACGAUAUAUUGACUGGUCGAAGAAGAAGUCAGAGCUGGAGCCUGAGCAUGAACCUACGAUCGACUGGUUCUGGGAGUCAUUUGCGGCUGCGUCACCCAGCGACCAAAGACGCCUCCUUUCCUUCAUCACCGGUAGUGAUCGCAUCCCUGCCAUGGGAGCAGCUUCGCUUGUCAUCAAAAUUAGCUGUCUUGGCGAAGACAUUGGACGAUACCCAUCAGCACGCACAUGUUUCAACGUCCUGAACCUCUAUCGAUAUCGGACACGAGAAAGACUCGAAUUCUUCUUGUGGCAAGCAGUGCACGAGAGCGAAGGAUUUGGGCUCCGAUGA